ACAGUAACAUGUGCGAGUGGUUAGUAAUGGCGGCGCCCUGUUCGGUUUGAAGCAGCGAAAUGUUAUCAAAACUGGCUGAAUACAUGAAACUGGAAAAAUGUCCGUGAAAGACACGAGUGAAGGACAGCCAAUGUCCAAAGCCAUGAUCAUGGAAAUAAUGACCAGGAGAUUUGAAAAGCUCCCAGACUUUGACAGGAAGCUGUUUGUAUAUGGCCCGGUUUAUUUGGGUGUGAAUGCUGGACUGGCGGGUCUGAUUUCAAACAGUUUGUUUCGGCGUGUCCUCCAUGUCACUCAAGGACCAUUUACUUCCGGGCUUCCCAUGUCCGUACUUCCUUUUCUUACAACUUUGGCAUUAUAUAAUGCAACUGUCAGCAACCCUUUAUUAGCAGGUGACCUUAACUGCCCAUCCUGUGCCCUGAUAAGGGGUGCUUUAGUCGGUAUAGCUGGUGGUGGAAUAUACCCUGUUUUGUUGGCAUUGCCAGUCAACGCUGGCCUUGCAGCAAGGUACAACAGUGCUCCGAUGCCAGAGAAGGGGAAUAUAUUCCGCUUCUGGACAAACCUUACCAAGCCCAUCAUGAGGAAAAUGUAUGCUGUAUUCUUACUACAGACACUCUUUGGUACAUAUUUAGGUUCCAAGCACUUUCAGAUCUAUCUAAAGAUGCUUCAAAUGUCAGAAUCAGACAGUGAGGACCUACAUGACUAAGCCCAUUUUGUUUUUCCUUUUCCACAAAACUUUCAAAUUCCAGGCUUACACUGUCUAGGAAACUGAUCUUAAACUACCUUUUUUUUUUUUUGCUUUUGAUAAGCUAUUAAAGCCUAAUGUACUGGGCUGAAAGUCCAAUCUCCUCAUUUCACCCUUAAUAUACACGCCUAAUUAAUAGGAAGCCCAAGAAUAGCUGUAAUUGUAGAACAGUUUAAUAAUGCAGAUGACAGUGGGAGCUUCAGAACUAUAUUUAUAGAUCAAAAGAUGUAAUAUUUGAAAACAUCUUGCGAAUGUGUAAUUGGCUGUGAAGCUUUCAUCUCUACACUGUUGCGUAACAUGUUGCACUUGAGAAAAAGUGCCUAAUUUGUGAAUGAAUUUUUACUUUUACACAAAUGAAAACCUAACCAAAAUCAUACAGAUUAGGGGUUUUGCCUAUAUUAAUCUAAAUUGACUUGAUCUCUGUGCCUCAUGGUUUAGGAUUUAAAUCUGUACUACUAGAGUUUGACACUUUUCUUUUAAACCAAUCAACUUGAAUAUAUGACUGAGAUAUAGCCACAAAAAAAAAGCUAUUGUACUGCACACUUAAGCUGCACUGUCAGUGCAUCAGUAACAAAACAUUGCCAACUGAACACAAGCUUCAUAACAUUAAUCUCAAUAUUUAAUUGUUUAAAAAAAAAUCUAAGUCUAUUUUGGACAAAUCUGAACAUUAUAUCCUUCACAGCAAAGGCAAUCCCAUAUUACUGUUUAGUAAAUAAAUUACCUACAAUUAACUUAAUCAUGUAUAAAACAAACGCACUAGGAAACAUGUAAUCAUUAUCCCAUAUAGGUUUAAAUAAUUUUUAUAUAAUAUGUGCGCAAACCAGGGCAGGUGUGAAAUCCACAACAGUUGUUUGACAUUUCAAGCAUCUAGUACUGACCAUGCAACAGACAGGUGUUAUUCAUAUUCUCUAUGGUGCACAAGCAUCAAAAUGCAGGUUAUUUCAUUAAAAAAAAAAAAAAAAGCCAACAGCCCCAUUUCCAAACUGUAUACCUGAAUAUCCUCAAGGGUGCAAGCAGAAGGCACCCCAUCAUGCAAUUUGUUUUACAUAUUCAGACUUCUACAGUUAUAGCUCUGAUGGUGUGGGGAUUAACUAGCAAGGAAGCCAUUUCAAACAAAUUAAAUUAAGCUUUAUAAACACCUUUCUAAAUACAUUUGAAAGUUCUCUUUUUUUGGGGGGGGGGCAAGCAAACAUCCAGCAAAAUACUACACCACAGCUUUAACACCAUUUCAAACAGUUGAGAAAGCGGGAACCACUACCACAAUGUGCAAAAAGGGAGAUUUAACAUUUUGUGCUUCAAUAAAUGCUUUCAUAUGUUUAA